CACAUCUUGCUUUCUGGGGGGCUGCUGGAACGGCUGCUCAAGAAAGAGAAACAUUUGACUCUUAGCUAUGUGGCUUUUUCCAUCAACAACGCCUUGCUGUGGAUUUCUAUCGGCACCUAAAUGUCACCGAUGUGUUAAAGGGUUUUUAAAGCCUUACGCACAAGCAAGCAGACGGAGACGCGCCUCAGAAACCUGUCUUUCAAACGAGAACAUCAGAAGUUUUAUAUCAGAGAACACGGAGGUAGUUGUGGGAGGGAGCCUGACGCCUGAGAUAAAGCUGAGAUUGUUUACUCCCGGCUGCAGGUUCUGGAGAGAGCGACCAGAACUCUGGCCUUUCAGCGACCCGUACUGGGCAAUUUAUUGGCCAGGAGGACAGGCGCUGUCAAGGUACAUCCUGGACAACCCUGAUGUUUGUCGGGAUGGAUCCGUGCUGGAUCUGGGCAGCGGCUGCGGAGCCUCGUCCAUCGCUGCUAAACUCUGUGGUGCUGUUCAUGUGGUGGCCAAUGAUAUCGACCCCGUUGCAGCUGUUGUGACCAAGUUGAAUUGUGAACUGAACAAAGUGGAGCCACCAGAUUGCGUGACAGACGACAUAAUUGGUUCGGAUCCUGCCGGCUUUGACUUGAUCCUCCUGGGCGACAUGUUCUACGACGAAACGCUCUCAGACAGCCUUCAUAAAUGGCUGGACCGCUGCGUCAAAAGCCACGGCUCCAAAGUCCUGAUCGGGGAUCCUGGGAGAGCCCAGUUUGAGGGACAUGACAUCCGGAAGCUCCUGCAUCAUGUAGCCCAGUUUGAGUUGCCUGAGAGUGUUAGGCAGGAGAACUACGGCCUCACAUCCAGCCAUGUUUGGUGCUAUCAUAGCAAUCUCUGAGUGUUGAAACGGUUUCUGAUUGACUGAAAAAGGUAUUUAUUCGACACUCAUUUGAAUACCUCUACAUUUUUGCAACGGUGUGUCACAAAUGUGAGGAAAAGGGGAAUCAAGAUGUUUAUAAGAAAUCUUGUAAACAUCUUGUGGCAGGAAGUGAGAUCUUUUAGACACUGCAAACUGGAAACAACUCUGAAAUGUUCAUGGUAAAUGGUAAAAUGUAUAGCACUUUAUCAAGUCCAGAGGAUCCCAAAGCACACACUUUCACACACUGAUGGUGGCAAGGACUGUCUGGUCUGACAGAGCCACCACUGGCCCCUCUGACCACCACCAGCAGGCAAUGUGGGUGAAGUGUCUUGCCCAAGGACACAACAACAGAAGCGGACGGAGCAGGACUCGGACCGGCAACUCACUUAUUGCAAGACGAGCUCCUACCAACUUUGUGUUGAGACAUAAUUAUGCAUGUCAAGUUCAAACAACCUAAAACAUUUUAACACCACGCAAAAAGGAGAAAGACAAGAGAGUUUUAGAUUUACUUGCUGCAAGGAGAACGGACAGAACGGACAAUCUGUCCGUAAUCUCAGUUACGGACAGAUUGUAACUGAGAUUGUGCCUCAGUUACAAUCUCCCACCCGCUCUGAAGCACGUUCUUCCGUACCCUCUCUUUUUAUUUCCGUACGGGCAGUCCCUAGUUACAUAGCUUAUUCGGUUAUCUUGAGUUACUUACAUAGCGUUGCUACUUCUUCUGUUUUCUUGAAUCACAGGCGUGUUGCACCUAUGGGCUGACGUAGCGCAGAGUACAAAAUUCAGAGUUCAGUUCCUGCUUCCUUCUGUAGCUACAUUCAGGAACUGAUGAACUCACAGAAUAAUGGGAGCUGGUGCGCAACGAAACAACUUCACACAACACAGCAAACAUAAGAUAACAGAGAGAUUAAUAGAUUAAUAGAGAGAUUACAAGUUUGUAAGAACAACAGGAUUUAUACCAAAAGUCAGUAGAAGUUCUGCAGAGCUGUGAUUCUUCCUGCGAAAUGAUGUCUCCUUUUAAAGACCAUAAGAGGCUUCUGCCCGCUCUUACUGGUGCAACCCUUAUGUCCUGCGCACACACACACACACACACCCAUGCACACCCACCCUACCAAGAGGGACUUUUGUUUCUAUAUGUCU